UGUAUAAUUGCACGCAGUAAUUUUUGACCUUGGUAGGGAGCAUUCAUCUAUAUAAAUCAGCAUCAGGCUUUGAUCAGUCUGGCGAAUUAUCCCGGCCCCUUCUCUGCAAAACCAGAGAUAAAGAUUACUCUGAUACUCUCUUCCAGAAUGGUGAUGCCAGACCACUCAGAUUUUCAAUCGCAAGGAGAGAUUGAAUCAUCUGUUCAAGCAUCAGCCCCUGAACAUCCUGACAACCAUGAGCACCCAUCACUAGAUCGUCAAUCAUCAUUCUUCUCCCUUACCCUUGAUGACUUUCAACACACAUUCUCAGGUGAUAUUGGAAGCUUUGGAUCGAUGAGCAUGGAUGAGCUUCUGAGCAACAUGGUGACAGAAGAGGAAAUUCAAGCUUUUGCACAGACAUUGGUCUCCAACACCAGUACUGCCCUCUGCACUGCUGCCCCCACGGAAGUAGCCAUAGUUCCCACAGCUGCAGCCACCUCCAAUAAUAAUCCACAACAUCCGGAAGGCAUGAUUAGUACAUCAUCAGUGAAUGAUACUGCUAUAUGGAGAGAAGUUGACUCUUCCCAGCAUCAGGCAACAAACGGAGGGAUGACGCUGGAAGACUUUUUUAUCAUGGCAGGUGUAGUUCCGGGAUCUGACCGGCCUCCUUCACCUGUUCAUCAGCAGUCUUUUGUCUCACACCAGCACAACAACAGUACAGGACUUCCGUCUGGACCAGCUGGUGAUAUGGUUAGGCCUGUUAUGGCUUCAGGAGGGGGCAUAAAUGUCCCAUCUAAUCCAACUUCCUCUGAGAGUGUCGGGGCAGACCAAUCAGGCAGGCUCGAUGAUCCAGUGGAGAAAGCGGCAGCAAGAAAGAUCAGAAACAGAGAAUCUGCUGCCAGGACAAGGGCUAGGAGGCAGGCUUAUACUUGUGAUCUCGAAGAGAAGCUGCGAGUGCUGAACGAAAAAAAUUCUCGUCUGCGACAGGAUUUGGAAACCAUGGACAGGAGGAAGAAGCAGGAGAUGGAGGAGUUGAAGAAAGCUCGCAAGGAUAAUGACGGAAAGAAAGGCCUCAAAAGGAGCUGGAGCUGUCUGUAUUGAAGGAGGACCGACACCAAUACUCUCCUAGCAAAAUCUGUUCUGCUGCCAUGGUGUUAUGCCGCUGCUCUCGUGGUGUUUCGAUUUGGUGUUCUUCGUUUUAAAUAAAUCAUUGCUGCUAGCAAACUUAAAUCUUAAUAAAACAAGGUAAAAGGUGUAGCUGUGACAUGUCUCACUCACUACCUUGUCUGGAAUCUGGACUGUUAAUAAAUAAAUGUUAUGUUAUU